UUUUUUGGGUAUAAAAGGAUUUUUAAUUUCUCUCCCAUAUCAUCACUCCAUCAAUCCGCCCACAAAAUAAAAGUUUGGUCAAUAAUUAUGUUGCUGCUGUUCUUUAUAACAUGGAUGGGUUUCCUGCUACACGUUCCUUUGCUUGUGCAUUGUUCCAAGAAGAUGAGGAAGAGAGAGAAGAAAUUAAGAAAGAAGCAGAAGAAACAAGAAAAGAAGGCAAGGAAAAGAAUGAUGGCUCAGAACAACAUGGGAAUGCAAGGAGGCGUGUAUCCUCCCCCGCCGGCUGGAGUGGCUCCCGGAGCGUCUGUUGGAUGGCAGCAGGUUGAUAGUGGUGGUGGUGGGGGCGUUUAUGUGGAGAAUAAGCCUAUGAAACCUGUCAAACAGCAACAACAACACGGACCAUGCGCGUUAUGUUGUCUUGGAUGUCUACAUGCCUGUGCAAGCCUGAGUUUUUCAUCAUUAAGCAUCAGCAGUAGUUCAUCUUCGAGUAGUUAG